UCUCCGGCAACAGUCAGUCAGUCAGUCAGUCAGGCUGGCAGAGAGAAAGCUGUUAAUUGCUAUCACGAGUCUGUUCUCACACGCGGAGGAUCCGUAGAAUAUUUUUCUGUGUGUCACAUUAAAACGCAAGAUGUCAAGGUGAAGUGAAGGGGCGCAUCAUCCACUAAUAUAGCCAACAACAUCCUACAAUCUGAGAUACAGUUACUCUGAGGUCCAAACAAUGAACUAUGUAGGACAGCUGGCUGGACAAGUCCUGGUUACAGUAAAGGAACUGUACAAAGGAAUCAACCAAGCCACCCUCUCGGGCUGCAUUGAUGUCAUAGUGGUACGACAGGAAGAUGGGACCUAUCAGUGCUCACCGUUUCAUGUACGAUUUGGAAAGCUGGGAGUGCUGCGCUCAAAAGAAAAAGUGAUUGACAUAGAGAUUAAUGGGGAGCCAGUGGAACUUCACAUGAAACUGGGGGACAACGGAGAAGCUUUCUUUGUACAAGAAACUGAAGAGAAAAAUGAGAUUGUUCCUGCCCACCUGGCUACUUCACCUAUUCCUACAGAGGUCCAGAUGUUCUGGAACCUCGACCCCAACGAACCCAAGGGAGUGGAGGACAGAGUAGCACAGGGCCCUGUGGCAGCAGAUCCUGAGAGUGUGGUGCACAGCAUGGGCUUGGUGAGGAAGAAAAAGCGAAGAAGAAAGAAGCAUAAAGCAGACAACAGGAAAGAGGAGCAGCCGCCCUGUCCUGGGAGUGAAGAGAUCUUUGAAAUGGAUAUGAGCUCUGAUGAGGAACAAGCAAUACAUGCUGCAAGGGGUUCUUCCUUUACUCCUGUAAAAGAUGUCGAGUAUAAGCAGCCGUUGGUCCCACACACCCGGGGUCAUUACCCUUUUUCUGAUGGAGACUGGUCCCCCUCUGAUAACAUGGUUAUGUCCCAGCCGUUUUCUCCUAAGAGUGACUCUGAGUUGAUGGUGAAGCCUUCAGAUAGCCUGCUGAGAACGGAGUCCCACAUGCAGUGGACAUGGGGAGAGUUCCCUGAAUCCACAAGGGUCAGUAAAAAGGAAAAAUCUGAGCCGCUGAAAACGGUCAAUAUCACUCCUUCAGAAAACACACACUUCCGUGUCAUCCUUAGCUCUGAUGCCAUGCAAGAGGAGAUGGAUGACCAGAUGACAGUUGCGGAUAAUGUUUGUACAAUCGUAAAGCCAGAGCCCAGAACCCAUGCAGACAGUGUCCAGCAGCAGGCUUCUAAUGACUCUCCUGCUACUACUGCUACAGCGAUGAUUGCCAGCGGAAGUGUUACAGUGAAUGUGCCUGAAGAGUCUCCAGAUUCUGCUACUACUUUUCACCAGCCUGUGGAGCUAGUGGAUGUUAUAUCAUGCAUUAAGCCAAGUUCAAAAACGGACUCCCCCUCCAAAAUGAAAGGUUUGCACAAGAGAAGCCAACACCAGGGUCCUGAAGACAUCUAUUUGGAUGAUCUAAAUGUACUGGAGCCAGAAAUUGCUGCACGUUACUUCCCUAAAAGUGAAUCAGACCCUGGUCACAAAUACUGGAUGGAGUCAGAAACACACUCUGGCUCACAGUCUCCACAGUCAGUAGAAAGUGCCGCUGCAGACAGUGGUACUGAGUGUCUGUCAGAUUCUGCCACUGACCUGCCAGAUGUCACUCUGUCUCUUUGUGGAGGACUUGGUGAAAACUCUGAGAUUUCUAAAGAAAAAUUCAUGGAACAUAUCAUAACUUAUCAGGAAUUUGCUGAAAAUCCAGGCCUUAUUGACAACCCGAAUUUAGUCAUAAGGAUAGCAAACAGGUAUUACAACUGGAUGCUGGCAGCUCCCAUGAUACUGAGCUUACAGACUUUUCAGAAGAGCCUACCUAAGACCACAGUGGAGGCCUGGGUACAAGAAAAGAUGCCAAAGAAGUCUGGAAGGUGGUGGUUCUGGCGCAAGAGGGCCGACAGCACUGCCAAACAGCAGUCCGAUCAAAAACUUGAGACCCAGAGAUCACUGAGUGGCAGUGAUCCUCCUCAUGGCCAGGAUAAUACCAGUAUGAGGUCAAAGGAAGGGAACUCUUCAAGCGAUGAGGAGUCAAACAAGAUUAACAAAUCAGCUCACAAUGACAUCAUUCAAACUGAAAACCUCUGCCAAGGAAAUACUUAUAAGAAGUCACUUCGGCUAUCUUCAGAUCAAAUUGCAAGUUUGAAGUUGAAAGAAGGUCCAAAUGAUGUUGUGUUCAGCAUCACAACCCAAUAUCAAGGCACAUGUCGGUGUGAAGGAACCAUCUACCUCUGGAACUGGGAUGACAAGGUCAUUAUUUCUGACAUUGACGGGACAAUUACCAAAUCUGAUGCACUUGGGCAAAUUCUCCCCCAGCUUGGCAAGGACUGGACACAUCAAGGCAUUGCUAAGCUGUACCAUUCAGUACACGAGAAUGGUUACAAGUUCUUGUACUGUUCGGCUCGAGCCAUUGGUAUGGCUGAUAUGACAAGAGGUUAUCUACACUGGGUCAACGACAGAGGGACAAUUCUUCCAUGUGGUCCUCUUAUGCUGUCCCCAAGCAGCCUGUUCUCUGCAUUUCACAGGGAGGUUAUUGAGAAGAAACCUGAGAAAUUUAAGAUUGAAUGCCUUACUGAUAUCAAGAAUUUAUUUCAGCUAAAUAAACAUCCAUUCUACGCUGCCUUUGGGAACAGGCCUAAUGAUGUUUUUGCUUAUAAGCAAGUGGGAGUUCCAGUCUGUAGAAUUUUUACAGUGAAUCCAAAAGGUGAAUUAAUACAAGAACAAACUAAAGGAAAUAAGUCCUCGUACAGCAGACUGAGUGUGCUGGUUGAACACGUUUUCCCGUUGCUAAACAAAGAACAGAGCUCGGCUUUUCCUUUCCCAGAAUUCAGCUCUUUCUGCUACUGGAGGGAACCAAUUCUGUCAAUUGACAUGGAAGACUUGGCCUAAGUACGACUGAUGCUGUUACUGAAGUUGGUGGAUAAAAUGAAUAUUCUCUUACCAAGGAUUAUUUCAGCUGGUUCGUGGCAGUAAAGUUAGAUCUUGUAUUUAGUAAGUAAUAAGUAAUAAUAAGUGAUAAUCAUAAAGGUCUUUUCACAAAUGGAUAAAGACAAAAAGAAUACCGGGUGUCAGUAAGUAAAAUGUUUUUGUCUCUUAGUACUGAUUUUAAAACAUUUUCAAUCCAGUAAUUUAUACUAUGCUGGUAAUAUCAAUUUUGAACUACAAAAUGACGCAAUAAUAGUAAACACUGUAGUGGUUUCUGUCAAAUUACUAAAAAAAAAAAAAAAUAAAAAAAAAAAAGAAAGUAAUAUAAUUGACAGCCAGCAGCUCCUGCAGAGAUAGAUUAACCACAAACUGUCAUUAAAAAAAAAAAAAAAAAAAAAAAAAAAAAGCUGCAUUUUGGUAUUCUCCAUUAUCAUAAUACAAUAUAUAAAAUACAUAUGUUGUAGUAUCAGGUAAGGUAUACUAGCUUGAGAUAGUUUUGUUAUUUUGCACUGCUGUAGUGAAAAUAAGUCACAGUGAAGAAAAGCACUUUUGUGAAAGCAAAUUCAUAUUUACUUUUCACCCCCUAUUAAAAAAGCAUCAAUUCAAUUUUACUGUGAACUGCUUGACUGCGUCAUAUCUUAAAUAUGGAGUCCAUUUGAGUCUUUGCACUUACUAAUUAUUGUUCAAAAUAAAGCACAAUCAUGGUAUUUGUAAUCAACAACUGCAUUAUUGGAAACCGUAAGUGUAUAUCAUUUUGUAAUUGUUAUAAGACUUUCCUGUAAACAGUGUAUACUGUAUUUAUGCCUCUGUCAGUGUUCUGUGUAAUUUAAAUAUGAAGAACUUAUAUGAAGCAAAGUGAACUUGUUCUUUCUAUGAAAGUAAUAUUCAUGUGUGAUGACAACACACCAGUUAUAUUUACUGUGUCUUUACUGUGUAUUAAAUUUCUAUUAAACUUUAAAGUGCUGUUGAUUACUUCGGUUGUGCAAUUGGUUAUAAACUUUGAUGUAUUAUCUUGAGUUAUUAUUAAAUGCCUUUUGUUUAAAAUUACUUAUUUUCAUACAAGAGAUUUGUAUGUUUUUCCUUUCAAUGUAAGUCUUUGCUUGACAGCAUUGUAUUGCAGUGUUUACAAUGUAAGGGGAGGGGGGGUGA